UUAGGUGUAUCUAUAUUCGCAGUAUAUAUUUAAAUAAAUUAUCAAUAGUACUGGAUAAAUAUGAGUAAAGCAACUCCAAACAAAACCUCCAUAUUAGCAGAUGUAACGCCUUUUCUUAAAAGCACUUUCACGUUGACAUUUGCUGUAGAAAUACUUGGGGUAGAUGUUUGGCGAGACUCCGUCGAGGGACGACUUGAACUUGAACCUUAUCAACAGGCAAUGAGGAUAUUGUAUCAACUAUAUCCUGGACAAUCUUUUGAGUUGGAUAUUCUUAUAUGGCCCCAAGUAGCUAAGAUUUGGUGCGGAAAUCAGUACGCUUAUGUAAGGACAUGGCAAUUUUUAGAAGAACGUUGGCUUACCUUUUCUAUUCGGCACGCUUUUCCUGUUAGAGUACAUGAUAUGCUUAAGCAAGUUGCUACAGUCACAUGUUCUAUGGGAUCUAGUAGUCUUGGUACUAAUGCAAAAAACGACAAAAAUUUUGAAGCAUUCAUGCCACGCUUAAAAUUUGGAGAGCGUAGAUAUUUUGCACCUGUUUUAAAAACAGAGGAAACCACCGAACAAUUUAUGCAGGAGCUCGUAUGGAAAAGUGUCGAAGAAUUUAUCCCUGCUUCUUAUUUAGAUGGAGUUUUUGACACACCUUAUAGUCCAACUGAUAUAAGACACCAAGAUAGAAUAUUAUCCGAAGUACAGGAAAGUAUAUUAAAUAAAACUCAAUCAGUAGAGGAAGAAGAUUUUCCGGUUGAAUCUGAAGAAUUAUUAAUAAGGCCAAGAGAGAAGCGAGAUACAAAAGUUUUUAAAGACAAUAAAAACAAAGAAAAAAAGAAAAUAGUUGACAUACAAAAAGAAAAAUUGACUAUUUCCUUGCCUGGAGAUUCUAUUUUAGCCGGAUCGGGAAGAAUUAUUGCUUUUGAAACUACCGGAGAACGUCCUCCAGAACAGAGUUCAAUAAUAGUGUUGAUUUCUAGCAAUAAUUUACCAGCAGAAGACGACUAUCCUAUUAUAUUUAUCAACGUAGAAACUUUAAACGACAUCCCUAUCCAAGAAUUUAAAAAUCUAAGAAUUACACAAGUUUUCACCAGAUGGAAAAUUGGAGAAGAGGAACAUGACUCUUCGAAACAACAUAUUAAAUUAAUAAAAACUGUCAAACUUAAUGAUCAUCACACCGUACCUCUACAGUUUUCUAAAGCAUCUGAAAUCACUGCAUCUUUUCUAGAUGGUCCAUUUGAAAUACAGCUUCGAGGUGUGCGUCAAUCGAAAUUAACAGACCAUAAACCAAUUCUAUUCGGAGAUGAUAAAAACGAUCGCAACUUUGGAUUCACCUCACCUCCUAAAACUAAAGCCAUACGUCUUGAAGAAGAAGUGUCCAUUGCUGUAACAAAAAUUGAUGCGAGUUCGUUAGCCAAAGAAACUAACGGAAUCAUUAGAGGGGAGUUUUGCCUAUUUCCUCUCAAAGUAUCUCUAACAGAAAGAGGUCGUGAAGAUAACUGUACAAAUGACAUAAACGGGAUAAAACAAUCUAGCUCGCCUGAUAUUCUUAUAAAACCAUCAGUAAUAUUAGAAGCACAGAUGACUCUAGAGGUAUCAAUAGGUGUAGUUGGAUGCCGGCCACGUAGCUUGACAGAAAGCUUUCUCAGACUGUAUUGCUGUUCGAGCGAUUCAUAUGCUACAAAUGCUUUGUUACAAAAAAUCAUAAAAAUCAAUGAAAAUCUUAUCGAGACAAAGGAUAUCAAUGACUUGUUGACAGGAUUUGCUUUGGACACAAUUGAUACGGUUAUAUUUUACGUUGAAGGUAGAAAAGAUGGACCAAUUUUAACAGUUUGGGAAUUUACAGCAGAUUUCUAUCCCAAAAUGAAGCCAUUAUUCUCUUGCUCAGAUCAUCAUCUCGAUAGAAUUUAUUCAGAAAUGCUAACCUCCACCACGCCAUUUUACGUAUUAAAGAUGUUAGUCCCUAUUAAUACUCUCUUAGCGUGUCCACAAGUGUAUGUGAAGCCUUCAUUGCCUUUACCAACUAGAUCUGCCUUAUUGAAAAUUGGGCGUUUGAUUGCAAGCAAAUUCAAGUUAGCUCCUUGCAAAAGUGAGAUGCCGACUAAUGAAGAACUACGCAGUUUUAGACUUGAGUUGUGCAUCCCACCUAGACCACCUCGGGUAGCCGCAAUGCAAUAAAUAAUUAUAAAAUUAAUUUAUAGUAAUUAAUUAUCAUUACAUAUUUUUUGCUACUUGGAUGCUACAUGGAUACAUCGCUACCUACUACAGCUUAUUAUACUAACGUAGCAUACGUGCUACACGACAACGUAGCG